AUGGAAAUUAGGUAGGUUACUGUUGUAGAUAGAUACAUAAUAAGGAAUUUAUUAAUAUCCUAAAUUGGAUCCGAAAAAAGAUAAAAGUAGAUAUAUAAUAAAAUUAAAGAAUGGAAUAUUUAAUGGAUAUUAUACUUAAAGAAAGAAAACUAAUGGAAAUUAUCAUUUGAUAAAAAUUAAUUUGUAUCGCAAAAAGAUAAAAAAUUGGGGAUUCAUGGGGAUUAGUAGGGGAUUUUCUUUACUUUUUAAUUAAUUAAAUUGUCUAUUUUAUAUUAUUAUUAUUGUUAUUAUUAUAAAAUUAUUUUAUUUUUGUUUAUAAAUUAUAUAAAUGUUAACAUGACUGACUCUACUAUUUUUUGA